AUGUCAAGCGGCGAGUCGAGCUCCCGAGGACCCGCUCGUCUGAGCUCAUCUAGGUUCACACCCGCUGAGCCCGGAAGAACCCAACCGCCGAGGCCUACAAGAAGCCCUCUGGUCUCCUUCCAGAGGACUCCUUUUACGCCCACGGCCCCCAAGCCGGACAUUACAGGCCGCGUGCGGACCGCCGUGCCGGCUACGUCCGGGAACUGUUUCAAGUGCGGCAAGCCGGGCCAUUUCCAAGACAAAUGCCCGCUCAACCCCACCGUCAAGGAGAUUGACCGCGAAGCCCCUGAGGACGAAGAGCAGUGGGAGGAAGCAGUCGCCCACCAGUCGGAUGCGUCCCUGGAGGAAAACGACGAGGCCUAG